AUGUUGCAAAAAUCCAAAACCUUUCAAAACUCCAAUAUUUUCCACCAAAAUAAAUAAUUCAUACGACAAAGGAAAACCUUCUUGUUUAUUCUUUUUAUCAUUUAACUGCGAUCUCGCCAUGAUUCCUCGUGUUCCAGGUAGCCGGAGACUUAGCUCCGUGAGGGUUCUUUCAACCUUCGACCGAACACUACAGACAUUUCCACCAGAGCAAAAUUUGGACAUCAUUCAACGGCGAGGAGGCCUUGUGGCGGUCCGGGCGAGGUCGGCAACCUUCCCGUCUCCGAGGUUUCCGGAUGGAAUAUACCAGAGGUUGACGAAGUUGCUGGUGAAUGUAAACAUAGAGAGCAGCUUGGGGGCAGUGCAUGUGAUUAUGUCAUCGGAUAAUACAGUGAAGGAUUUGAUCAAAGCUGCUAUAGAAAUUUACGUGAAAGAGCAAAGAAGGCCUUUGUUAGAGGAAACUGAUCCUAACUUCUUUCAGCUUCAUUAUUCGCAGUUCAGCCUGGAAAGUUUAAAUGCAGGGGAGAAAGUGAAAAAUUUGGGGUCCAGGAAUUUCUUUUUGUGUUUGAAGCAGCGGCCAUCUGCGGCCGAUACUUCAUCGGAAAAGCCAAAGUUGGCAUCGGAGCCUCUGUUUUUUCUUACAAAACUUGUCGACUUGUUGCUCUAAAACUUUCCACCAAUAUUCUAAAUA